AUGAAGUCAUUUUCUUCUUCUUUUUCCCUUUCUAUCUCCAAUCCAUCAAUGGAUGUAGCUGUGUUCGAAAAGGCGAAGACAUUAACGCUCCUCAAUGGAUUGAUUUCUCCAAUCAUGAUCCUCCUGUUUAUGAUGAAGCUUUGGGCAUUCACAAAUGUCGAGGCAUCACGUCAAUCGGGAUCGGAAUCGGCUUUGUUGCCGGAAUUUGAUCACCCCUGUCUUAUAUUAUCAGGUACCUUGCGUAUUCCUUUUCAUUUGCUCCUAGCAACCACCAAUUAUUACAAACGAUGGUCCCACUAAUCAUAUGGUUACAUCAAAAUAGCCAGAGAAAACCCAUACGGACGUCCUCUCUGAUGCUAGACCAACCUGCUACAAGGUAAUUAUUAGUCAC